AUGUCUGAUACGUACAUGAUCGAAGAAAUCAAAAAAACAGAUGCGGUUUCAACAAUAAAUGACGAUGCUGAUUUAUCAAAUUCAAAAGAAGUGAAAAAAAUCGAGCUUGUCGAGAAUAAUAGUUUAGCAAAAAAUAAGAGAAAACAAACAACUGAAUCCGAAGAGAAUCCACAACAAAUGAUGGCCGAAAGUAGAAAUAAUGAGAACAGGUCAAAAAAAAGAGCUAGAGCAAAUGUUGAUGAAGUCAUAAAUUAUCAAAUGGACUGGACUUUAAUAUCUUCAUCUAUUCCAGCGACAGAUGUAGAUUUAAAUACAAAUGAAAACAACUCUAAUUUAUCUGUAGCAACUUAUUCGGAUCAAAUAGAAAGUAAUUUAGAAACAUCCACUCAAAUUAUGAACCAGCAGCAACAAAUUGACAUAGAAAUAUUAAAUGAAACUACAAUGGAUGAUUUAUUAAUUCUCUUUGAGAAUAUUUAUAAAUAUAAUGAAAAU